GCCUCCUUCAGUCUGAGACACUUUCAAGAAGGCGUCAAUGAGGACAGAGUGAGGAAUUAAUGAAGAUCGCUGUCAAAGGAUUGUCAGGCAGAGGGAGAGUGGAAGAUUGGUGAUGCUGAAAAAGGGGGACUGGGUGUGGGUGGACUCCGUCAUUGGGGUACCAAUCGGAGCCAGGAUCAAAGUUACACCAUCUGGUCAACGGUUACUGGUGGAUGAUGAGGGAAAUGAGCGGAGUCUGUCUCAGGAGCAGGAAGCCUCUCUCCAGGUCAUGCACCCUACAUCAGUGGAGGUUGUGGACGACAUGAUAAAACUGGGGGACAUGACUGAGGCGGGUCUUCUCCGAAACCUGCAGCUUCGUCACAAACAAGGAAUCAUCUAUACCUACAUAGGUUCGGUAUUGGUUGCAGUGAACCCAUACCAGGACUUUCCUAUAUAUUCAGCAGAGCAGGUGAGGUUGUACCAUGGUCAAAAGCUUGGGGAACUUCCACCUCACAUCUUUGCCGUUGCUGAAUCCUGCUACUUUAACAUGACACGGCAUCUCAGGAACCAGUGCUGCAUCAUCAGUGGAGAGACAGGAGCAGGGAAGACAGAGAGCACCAAAUUGAUCCUGCAGUAUUUGGCAGCAGUCAGUGGUGAACUCUCUGAACAGACGAUGGAACAACAGAUUCUCGAGUCCAACCCAAUACUAGAAGCUUUUGGAAAUGCUAAAACAAUCCACAACGACAACUCCAGCCGCUUUGGGAAAUAUUUGGAGAUCUUCUUCACGAAGGAGGGACUGAUCAAAGGUGCUCGAGUGGAGCAGUAUCUGCUGGAGAAGUCUCGUGUCUGCCAUCAGGCACUGGGGGAGCGAAACUACCACAUAUUUUAUUGCAUGCUGGCAGGAAUCUCAGCAGAGCAGAGGAAAAGUCUGAGUCUGAAGGAUGCUAAAGCAUACAAAUUCCUCACUAAGGGUGACUGUGUUGCGUGUGAAAGUAAGGACGAUGCCAAAGAUUACCGACAUAUUCAUUCUGCUUUGAAAAUACUCACCUUCUCUGAAAGCCUGUGCCACGACAUCUUUAAGUUACUGGCGGCCAUUUUACACCUGGGGAAUGUAUGCUUUAAGGCAACCACUGAAAAUAACCUGGAAACCAGUGAUGUCAGCAAGUCAAAACAUUUCACCGUGGCGGCAUCUCUUCUGGAGGUGCAGACGUCUCCUCUGGCGACUAGUUUGACCAACCGUUCCUUUCAGACCAACAGAGAGAGCGUGACAAAGCCCCUCUCCUCUGAACAGGCUGCUGACUGCAGAGACGCCUUCGUCAAGGCUAUCUACAACAAGCUGUUCAUAUGGAUCGUUGACAAAAUCAACAGUGUCACGUACCAGAGGUUGAUCAACACGGUCAAGUCUUCCUACCAGUCCAUCGGCCUGCUUGACAUCUUUGGCUUUGAGAACUUCAGCACAAACAGCUUUGAGCAGCUGUGUAUUAACUUUGCCAACGAGAGGCUCCAGCAGUUCUUCGUGGGUCAUAUCUUCAAGCUGGAGCAGGAGGAGUACCUGAAAGAGGACAUUGUGUGGAACAACAUCGACUUCAGCGACAAUCAGAACAUCCUGGACCUCAUGGCGGAGAAAACCUGUAACGUGCUGGCUCUGAUCGAUGAGGAGAGCCACUUUCCAAAGGGCUCCGAUGCCACAAUGCUCAGCAAGAUGAACGGGCAGCACAGCGGAAACAAGAGCUACAUCUGCUCAAAGCGUGAACAUGAUACAAUCUUUGGGAUUCAGCACUUUGCAGGUGUUGUUUACUAUGACUCCAAAGGCUUCCUGGAGAAGAACAGAGAUGUGGUCAGCUAUGACUUAAUCAAGACAGUUCAAUUGUCCACCAAUAAGCUACUUCAUCAGAUAUUUGAGACCGAGCUUUCCACCAGUGAGGUCAAAAUGUCAAACAACAAAAAGGUCAUCCUGACGCCCAAGAGCUCUUUGCGGGCCAAGAUGGACAAACGCAAACAAGCGCCGACGCUGAGCGGCCAGUUCCGUCAGUCCUUGGACUCGCUCAUGAAGGCUCUGUCGGCCUGUCAGCCUGCGUUCAUCCGCUGCUUCAAACCCAACAGUGACAAAGAGUCUCAGGUGUUUGACAGACAGCUGUGUUUGCUUCAGCUGAGGUACUCUGGCAUGAUGAGCACCAUCCGCAUACGGAAGUUAGGCUUCCCAAUUCUCCACACGUUUGAGGAGUUCCUCAAACGUUACCGGGUUCUCCUGAGGAAGACGCGCUGCGACCCCAAAACUGAGACAGCUGCUGCCUGCUGUGAAGCCAUCUGCAACACAGUGAUUGAAAAGAAGGGUGACUGGAAAAUAGGCAGGACCAAGAUUUUCCUGAAGGAUGCUCAUGAUGUGGUGCUGGAGCGACUAAGGGAAGAGGAACUCAACGGAAUAGUUGUGGUGAUCCAGAGGUUCAUGCGUGUACACAAAGACAGAAAGUCUUUCCUGAGGAAACGAAGGGCAGCUGUGGUGUUACAGAGGCGCUGGAGAGCAAACAGGGAAGACGACAAGCGAAAAAAGUUCCUGUACCAACAACAGUGUGCUGCUGCUCUCACCAUACAGACACAGGUGCGAGGCUACCUCAUGAGGAAACGCUUGAAGCAAAAGAGAGAGGCCGUCAUCCUGCUGCAGGCUCACACCCGAGGAUUCCUGGCCAGAAGGGCAAUGGGACAAAUGAGGAAUGAUUAUGAGAGCUGGGACAGUAUAGCACUGUCGCUUCAGCGAGGACUGGAAGACCUUAUCGAGUCUCAGCUAGAGAAUGAGGAGCGAGAACUUGACACUGAACAUUUCUUGCCUGCACCUGCUGUGGAAGUGGUGCAAGAAGAAGCAUCAGAUUCAGACAAGAGUGAGCAGAGGCGGGACACGCCAGAGCCAGCAGUGCCAGAUUUGGAUCCAUCUACCUCAUCGAGUGAGGACGAUUCUGCCGAGUUUGAUGACGAAAAUGACGAGUUUUCAUUCUCCAAAUUUAGCCUCCAACACUUCCAGGGCAACACUAAUCACAAGCACAUCACCCAGAGACUCAAGCAGCCCCUGCUGCGCCAUGAUGAUGAGGGAGAUGCGCUGGCGUGUUUGACCGUCUGGUGGAUUAUUCUUCGGUUCAUGGAGGACAUCCCAGAACCAAUAUCUCAAACAUUCACCACCAUGAUGUCCCAGAAGCAGAGCAGGAGGCUGAGCUCUUUGGUGGGACUCGAGCAGAAAAAAAUGAAGAAGGCCAAGAAAAAGUUGCGAGGUGGAAUCAGAGGAGCGUCUGUCCUACCUGACGAGCCAGAGAAUGUGACGGAAGACGGGCACAUUUUAAUCGGAGAAGGUCCGACACUGGAUCGGCCUCUUUCGCCCCUGGAGAAAGUGCACAUCAUCGCUGGAUACGCUCUGUCGAGACAAGACAUACGAGAUGAGAUUUACUGCCAGAUCUGUAAGCAGCUGGUGAACAACAACAACAGGAAGAGCCGUAUGCUGGGCUGGACCCUCCUUUCCAUCUGUCUCGGGAUCUUCCCUCCAACAGAGCGAUUCAUCAAGUAUUUGGAGAGUUUUGUCAGCAGAGGGCCAAGUGGUUAUGGAGCAUAUUGUACUGAGCGUCUGCGCCGUACAGUCGCCAAUGGAGGAAGAAAAGAGUUGCCAUGCUGGAUUGAGCUCCAGGCUGCCAAAUCCAAAGAGCCCAUAGAUGUGUCUGUGACUCUGAUGGAUGACCGAACUGUUGCUCUGCAUCUGGAUUCAGCCUCCACUUCCGCUGAAGUCUGUCAAGCCGUGGCUGACAAGACUGAUCUUACAGACACUUACGGAUUCUCCUUGUACAUCAGCUUCUGUGAUCAGAUGUGGUCUUUGGGCAGCUGUGGCAAGCACGUGCUGGAUGCUGUUUCUCAUUGUGAGCAGGAGAUGAAGCAGCGGGGGCAACAGGAGAAAGACGCCAAGUGGAGUCUCUCCAUCCGCAAGGAACUGUUCACACCGUGGCACGACUGCUCAGUAGAUAUGAUCAGCACAGAUCUAAUUUACCGGCAGGUCAUCAAGGGAAUCAAGUCAGAAGAGUACGUCAGUGAGAAGGAGGAUGAUUAUAUCCAGCUGGCAGUGAAGCACUAUUACAUUCAGUUUGGCUCUGCACACAGCGACGAGAACGUCCAGAAGGUGGUGGAGGAGUGCAUCACCACCACACUUAUUGAGAGCAAAUCUAUGGCCAAAUGGAUCCAACUCAUUGGAUCAGCUCUUUUACAGGGUCCGUACGCCACCGGGAUACAGAGCAGAAACCGCGUCAAAGGGGAAUUUGUCGACUGUGCCCGAGAAAAAUGGCCGCUUAAGUUCUCCAUGUUUUAUGAAGUCAUAAUGAUGUCAGGACCUAAUUUUCCCAAACGCAGGUUUACUGUGGCUGUAAACUGGGGAGGCAUCGUCUUUAUGGAUGAAAGGAAGACACUGUUAGAGCUUCCUUACCAUGAAGUAAAGGAAUUCGAAAGGAUAAGUGAUGGCCACACCAACGGCCAGUCAGUGAGUUUGGCCACAGUGCAUGGAGACUUUGUCCUGAAGUGUGAACAAGCUGUGGAAAUGGCUACGCUUAUAGAGAAUACACUGGAGGGCCUGAGACACCGGUCAGUGUACGCACUGGCUAAGCAGGAUUUCAGUAGACCAGGUGACCCCGCGUUCCUGGUUUGUAGACGAGGUGACCUGCUGUUGGUAGAAAAAGAUAAAGGUUAUUCUACCGAGGAGGACUGGAUCAGAGCAACUAACCAGACUACACCUGGUACUGGUGUAGUCUUAAAGGAAGUGGUGCAGUUUCUUCCCAUUCUCACCAGGCCUACUGACAAGAUGCUGGAACUGCUCAGUCCAAGCUGGAAGAAACAGUUACCUGCACAAAGCGCCCAACAGAGGGAUGAAUCAGUGGUGCCGGUCUCAUUAAAGGACUUUGCUCUGGAGAACUUUAGGCCUGCGGGUAAAGAUGGUCGGCAGGGUGCAGUCAAAGGCCUGAAUAGAGAGAAACUGUGGGUUUAUUCAAGAGACCCUCUGAAGCGGCCGCUGCUGAAGAGUCUGCUCAACAACUCUGAACUCAACAUUUUGGCCUGCAACGCCUCCACUGCUAUCCUGAAAUAUAUGGGUGACUACCCCAUUAAACUUGUUCGCAGCCCUGUGGAUCUGACAGACCAGAUCUUUGGUGCGGCCACACAGCAUGAAGCCCUGCAGGAUGAGAUCUACUGCCAGAUUAUGAGACAGAUGACCGGCAACAACAACAGGUUGAGCGUGGAGCGUGGGUGGGAGCUGAUGUGGCUGUGCUCAGGCUUGUUCCCGCCCAGCCCCAUUUUGAUUAAACAUGCUCAGUGCUUCCUGGAGUCAAGGCCCAGAGCCCCGCUGGCUGCCGUGUGCCUGCAGAGGGUGCAGGAGAUGCGCAGGAAGGAGCCAAGGAAGCUUCCUCCCCAUCUGGUUGAGGUGGACGCCAUCCAAAAGAACAGCACCCAGAUCUUCCACAAAAUUCAUUUCCCAAACGACACGAGUGAAAUAUGCGAGGUAACGUCAACAACAUCAAACAAAGACCUGUGCAGCACUAUUGCCUCUCAGCUCAGGCUGAGCUCAGAUGAUGGAUACGGUCUCUUCCUGAAAACACCAAACAAGGUCACAAGCUUGGAGGAGCAGAAAUAUUUCUUUGACAGUUUAAAGCAGACGUCAGACUUACCGAAGAAAGUGAAGAAAGCAAAAGAAGGCAACCCAGCCAACAUGCCCUUCCUGGUGAUAUUUAAGAGGAAGCUGUGGUUCAAUGUGAUUCCCGGGAAAGAUCUGACCGCUGACCUCACCUUCCAUUUCCCACAGGAGCUGCCCAAGUACUUGCGGGGAUACCACAGCUGCACCAAAGAGGACAUGAUCACUCUGGCUGGGCUGCUGUUCAGGUGCAAAGUAGACUCAGACCGGUCACAGUUUGUCAUGAUUCCCAGGAUGCUGAAGGAGCUGAUUCCUGCUGACCAGUUCAAAAUCAUGUCCACUGAAGAAUGGAAGAAGCACAUUAUCUCCUCUUACAACAAGCAGAGUGGCAUCACGGUGCAGGAGGCCAAAAUUGCCUUCCUGAAAGCCAUUUCCAGUUGGACAACAUUCGGCUGUGCCUUCUUUCAAGUUAAACAAACGUGUGAAUCUAGUUACCCAAAUGCAAUUCUGAUUGCUAUCAGCAAGCAAGGUGUCAGCCUCAUAGACCCUGACAACAAGACGCUGCUGGUCAUGCACCCGUUCAGCCGCAUCACCGCGUAUCACAGCAAAGACAGCUCCUUCGUCAUGACCACAGGCACUGCAGUGAGGGGAAACAUAUUUGUCUGUGAAACCUCACAGGCGCAUACAAUGGAGGACCUUCUUAGAUCAUACGUCAGCAUGUACGAGAGGCAGCGGCAGGCAUUUAGACCGAGACUAAACUUCAUGUUUACUUGAGAUAAAGUGAAGUUUUGACUCAGAUUAAACUGUUGGUUGACUUCAUUACAUUUGUGUAUUUAUAUGCUCUCGCUGGCAGAAUUAUCUCUAAUACAGAUUACAAUGUUUUAUUGUCUCGAUUACAAUUAUUAACCUGUACCACUGUGAGAAUGGGUGUGUGUUGGACCUGAUUUCAUAUUUAUAUAAAUUCUACGGUAUUUAACAUCAAUAUGUCCAACCAAGAGAGAGCAAUGAUUUUUUUCUAAUUCUGAAGUUUGACUCACCACGCUCUUGUUCAAUUUUAAGAUCAAGAAAACUUUUACUUUUAAAGCAUAUAUGUAAAAAGGUAAAAAAGAAAUGAUACAAGGUAUGUUGAAAAAGCCCUCACAUCUGUCUGAAAAUGUUCCUCCUGUGUAAUUUAACACUAAAGCAUUUUAUGUUUAUUGAUAAUGGUGAUUUUAUUGCACGUGAAGAAGGUUGUGGGUCCACUUUUUCAUGCUGUAUGCCCACUGUGCUUUUGUAGUGUUUGUAGUCAAACUAACUGUUGAUUGACAUGAUAUGCUGUGACUGAUGUUGCCAUUGAAUUAAGGGGGCUUUUCAUACAGCAAAAAACAUUAGCAGCCGACAGCACACAAAGAAUUGGGUCAAGUGGAGCUGAAGUAAGUUUCACAACAUCCAUUUGACAAGUUAUGCAGGAGCUACAGCAGGUUUGAUUAAUGACAUGAACCGUGGCUGCACUACAUUUAGCUUUGGCACAUUCAGGAUUCCAGUGCUGUGGUUCUUUUGUAUACGUUUGCAUGGUUUACUGGGACAGCUGAAUAUAAUUGGGGCUGUAAUUAGUGUGAUUUGUGGCAGGUCUAAAUCGUCUGUUGUGAAGAAGGCAGAAAUGACAGGGCAGAUUUCUCUCUAUUUAUAGUACAUCGACACUUGUACUUUUUUUUUUUUUUUACUUAAACACAGUUUAGAAACCCAAUUUCUUCAUGCCUUUUAGCAAAUAGAGAAAGAUGGAACACUGCAUACAUAUUUCCAUUAUACAAGUGGUAUUGCUGCGUG